GGGGAAACUCAUGGUUGCACAAGCUUGGAAUGAAUAUAAACAAGUGGUCAUUUCUGAAUUCCCUGAUUGGAUGGAGUGAAAACAGAACUCAGGAAAAAGAUCAUGUUACUAUGUUCGGAGAUUGUUCUGAUGCUGAUCACAAAGCAACUGAGCUGAAGGAAUGUACAACCAAAGAAGUGCUGUAUAUUCCCUACAACUUGGCUACAUCGUAUAUCAUCAAGAUUGUAAAAGACAUGCAGCAAAUGAAAAACAAACACAUGAAAAUAAUCAGAAAACUAGACAAUAUAAGGAAAGAAAAACAUGAGCAGAUUUUAACUACUAUAAAGAAACAUUAUGGAGAGAAAAUGAGGUGUCUGAAAUCCCAGUUAGAAGCUUACCAAGAACUGAUGAACAAGAGCAACACACAUUGGGAAGAUACAGUUAAGAGCCUGAGAGAAAGAAACAGGCAACUGAUCCAAGAGAAUGAAGAUCUUCUUCACCAAAUGAAACAACAAACUGAGAACUGGGAAAAAGAAAAGGUCUGGAUUCUACAAAGUUUGAGUAAAAACCUAGAUUAUCUUUAUACCCAACAUGCACUGACUUUGCAAGAACUACACAACAUCAGUCUACAUGUGGAAAGAUUGCAUGACCUCAUGAGUUUCCAGAUAAAAAUUCUUCAGCCAAAGUCUGAAAAGGCAGAAGGAGAAAAAUCAUAUGUGUCAGAGGUUUUACUAUUAAAAGCAGAACAAGUGAGCACAAAAAUGGAAAUGUUACUUGUUGUUUAUGGGAUUAUUGCAGGUAUUUCAAAGGCAAUCAGGAUGACUAUAGCAAAAGCUGAAGUAAACCAUGGGACUAAGUGAUAGUAAAAAUUGUGUGCAAAUAUAUACAUAGCUGGAGAAUGAUAAAUUUUUGAUGAAUGACUAAAAUAUCACAGUAAUGAAAUCAAUUCAUUGGUUCAGGAAUCAUUGAUAGUGUUCUGUUCUCAUUAUAAUAUUUGAUAGCAGAAAACUUUCCACAAAAAUCUUUUAAAUAUCCACUUCUUUGAAUUAUAAAAA